UUUUCUUUCAACACACAUUAAUGUUUAUAUUUAUUGUUUGCCAAAGGACAAGAAACCGGUUGGUGUCAGUUGCUUCGUAAUUUCGUUCUGCAAUAAACUGACCAAAAUGGAAAAGGACGAGCUUCAAGAUUUGCAGACCAAUCACUCUGACGAUAAAAUGACAGAGGAUGACCAUGGCAACGAGGAGAACGCAGUGUGUGGAGCAGGUUCCUGUAGGCCUUCUUUCAUGCAGCGAUGCGCGAGGAUCGGGUGUUUCACCUUGAUAGUCAGCCUGUCAAGCUUGACCACGUCCACCCUGAACACGUACCUCAACUCGCAGGUCACCACGCUGGAGCGACAGUUCGGCCUCAGCAGCUCCAUCAGCGGUAUGAUCUUGAGCUGCAACGAGCUUGGUUACCUGUUGGCCAUUCUGCCUUUCUCUUACCUGGCGCUGCGGCUGCACGUUCCCCGGGCUCUCGCCGUCACCACCAUGAUGUUCGGCCUCGCCGGCCUCGUGUGUACCAUCCCCUUCCUCGCCUCCAGAAACAGUCUCUUAGCUGUCACGUGGUCUCUGAAGGAUCUGAACGCCUCCCAGAGCGAUGUCUCCAGCAGCUACAUCGUGCCUCUGUGUGCAGACGACAGUUUGGAGCGCUCCCUUGAUGACAACCUUUCCCUCACGAGCAAUUUAUUGUAUGGGAGAGACAAUUGUGGAAAGGAACAUUCGAGAAAGAAGGCGGCUGUUUCCGAAGACUGGAAGGGCCUGACUGUUGCGUUUCUAAUCAUUGGAAUGAUUUUUCAAGGAAUUGGCAAGUCUCCUCGUCAGGUGUUCAUAGUCAUGUACAUUGAUGACAACGUGCCAAAAACUGAAACCGCAUUACAUGUUGGAAUCAUCUCCUGUGUUUCUCUGUUCGGACCUGUUCUUGGUUAUGUCCUGGGAGGACUUUUUACAAGACUAUACAUAACACUGGAAGACACUGGCUUGUCCCCCCUUGACCCUCGCUGGAUAGGAGCCUGGUGGCUUGGGUUUCUCGUCUUCGGCAUCGCAAGCAUCGUCACCGCUCUUCCCCUGGUGUUCUUUCCACGACGAUUUCGACCACAGCCCCACCUGGCGGCUCUGAAGGAAGAGCGGAAGCGUGCAGCCAAGGGCAGACAAUGCGUGUAUGACACCAGAGAAUUCCUACGAAGUGUGGUGCGCGUGCUGAUGACCCCUGUCUACACCCUUGUGGUGCUUGCCAUGUGUUGCCUGGUGUUGGGAAAAAGCGGGUUGUUUGCAUUUCUACCCAAGUACCUUGAGACCCAGUUCUUCCUGCCCACGUGGAAGGCCAGCGUCACGACCGGCCUUGUGAACAUAACGGCGAUGUCACUCGGCUUGCUGAUUGGUGGUUACGUGACAUCACGCUUCAAGUUUCCGCCAAUGAAAUGCUUGAAGGUGAUGGUGAUCUUAACGGCCGUUUGCACUUGCAUGCAUGUAAGCGGCUUUGUCCUUGGUUGUGACCAGCCGCACAUUGACACCGGCGUGACGUCACACAGUGUCACGAACACGUCACACCGAUGUCAGUCGAGCUGUCAAUGCGAUGACUCGCCAUACUUCCCUACGUGCGGCGCAGACGGCGUGACGUACUUCUCGCCAUGUCACGCGGGAUGCUCCAAGAACAGAGGGACUUUCUACGGGAACUGCUCAUGCAUAGAAAUGCCCAAGAAGACAUCACAACCUGUCCCAGAGGCUGUUCCUGGACUGUGCGCCCAGAGCUGCACCAUGUUCUAUCCCUUCGUGGCCAUCAGCUUCUUCUCAGAACUGCUCGGGGCGAUUAGUUUAAUUCCAUAUCUUAUCGUUAUAGCUAGGAGUGUUGCAGAGGUUGACAAGCCAGUUGCCAUAGGACUCAACAGCUUUGUGUACACAGUUCUGGGCUGGUUUCCUGCCCCUGUCCUGUACGGCCAAGUUGUGGACACCACGUGUCUGCUGUGGAGUUCCGGGUGCGCGGGUAGAGGCUCGUGCUCCCUGUACGACCUGCGCGCCUUCAGACAUCGAAUGUUCGGCACGUUCUUCACCACGCGCGUCGCUCUUCUCGUCUUCCUCGUCAUCGCCUUAGUCGUUGCGUCACGGAUGAAGAAACCUUUCUUUGCUCACUGCGAGGCCGAACCUGAAGUGUCCGCGGUGCCGAAGGAUGAAAAAGCGAUGUUAACAAAGAACAUGAUGACUGGAAAAGUCGCUGAUGAGAAUGAAAUAUUUUGCGAUUCCUUGACAAGCACAUCACCGGUCUAAACAAAAAUUUAGUGACAUGAGUAAUUAAAAUGUUUUAGUCGUCUGGGGGUGGGUGUAAGAACGAUAAAAACUAAAUGAGAAAAGAAGUUGUGGUGAUGGUGGUGUUGGUGGUGGUGCUGCUGGUGUUGGUGCUGCUGGUGGUGGUGGUUACUGCGUAGGCAACAGCGAGUUGUACAGACCAAAGGGAUCUGCAGUUAGUUCCAGUCAGUGUUCGACGUCCACCUUAUCAGUCCACACUUGCAGAUUAGUCUAUUAGUGUUUCUUAAUUUUUUAACAUAGACUGGGGAUGAAUACUGAUAGUGGGAGUAAAUAUUUGUUGUUUCG